CAGCACACAGGAAGUAGAAUUCGAGAGUCGGGUGAAAAAAAUACUAGGGACUCAGAGCGGAUGGUCCUCUCCUGCAGUUGCGUACGGUUUCAGGGAAUCUGCAGUAUUAUUUUGGGGCUUCCCUCGCCAGUUCGUUCUCCAGUGGAGAUACCUGGCCCUUAGCUCUCACGUCUUUACACAGAGUGUCCCCACAGCUAUGGCCGAAUACUCGUAUGUGAAGUCCACCAAACUCGUGCUCAAGGGAACCAAGGCUAAGAGUAAGAAGAAAAAGAGUAAAGAGAAGAAGAGAAAAAGAGAAGAAGAUGAAGAAACUCAACUUGAUAUCGUUGGAAUCUGGUGGACAGUAACAAAUUUUGGUGAAAUAUCAGGAACCAUAGCAAUUGAAAUGGAUAAAGGAACCUACAUACAUGCACUUGACAACGGACUUUUUACACUGGGAGCUCCACAUAAAGAAGUUGAUGAAGGCCCUAGUCCUCCAGAGCAGUUUACAGCUGUCAAAUUGUCUGAUUCCAGAAUUGCCCUGAAAUCUGGCUAUGGAAAAUACCUAGGUAUUAAUUCAGAUGGACUUGUUGUGGGGCGUUCAGAUGCAAUUGGACCAAGAGAACAAUGGGAACCAGUCUUUCAAGAUGGGAAAAUGGCUUUAUUGGCCUCAAAUAGCUGCUUUAUUAGAUGCAAUGAAGCAGGUGAUAUAGAAGCAAAGAGUAAAACAGCAGGAGAAGAAGAAAUGAUAAAGAUUAGAUCCUGUGCUGAAAGAGAAACUAAGAAAAAAGAUGAUAUUCCAGAAGAAGACAAAGGAAAUGUUAAACAGUGUGAAAUCAAUUACGUAAAGAAAUUUCAGAGCUUCCAAGACCACAAACUUAAAAUAAGUAAAGAAGACAGUAAAAUUCUCAAAAAGGCCCGGAAAGAUGGAUUUUUGCAUGAAACACUUCUGGACAGGUUUUCUGUCAUAAAGCAAGAGAUGAUACUCUGUGAACCCUGUGUGUCUUGUGCAGCUUAUGGGAUCUCUUACUGCUUUACAGUCUUACUUUAUAUUACUUUAUACCACUGAUGCUUAAUUAGGACCUUUAAAAGGAAGUUAGAAGCUCCCAAUCCAGUCAACAAGGCUUUGAUUCUGCCUCCUAAAUCCAAAUCACACAAGCCUAACAGAUAUCAAACAAAGUGGAUGGGAACAGAGAAAGAAAUCAGGUAUUAGGCAGUAGGAUGGGAAUAAGAAACAUUACAAGAAAAGUAGGCUCUGAACAGAGAAUAAGAAGAAAAUUGGGAAAAUUCCCUACGUAGAGACAGGAUUGGAUGAGAAUGGAGCUAUUAAAGAGGUUCAGAUACUAUACAUUGCUGAGGUCUGCUAUGCUGAGACACUUUUAUUCCUAGCCUGUGUCUCUCUGAAUUCCUGAACACAGUAUUCCAGAUGUCACCUGACCCUGUGAGUGUUCCAGAAUGCAGGUUGUAUAUCAGAUGCCUGGGCUCCACCCCUGGGAAUUCUGCUUCAGAAGGACUGAGUCUGGCUGAUGCAUCUCUAUGUUUUUACGAUUCCCCGUGGAUGAUGCACAGCCAGGACUGAGACCUGGCCUAAGUGCCAGACCUGUCUAGUUCUCAGCCAUUGUAUUCUGUUGGUCUCUAGCUCUGGAGUUAGACAGCCACUCUCCAGCAAGUAAGGUAAGCUUACCAGUAGCAACCUUAUAAAGGAGCUCUUGCUGUAAAUCUAGUCCUAAAUUGUCAUUCCAGUUCAGUAGCUGGUUAUCCCCCACCCCCCCAUCUUGUGUUCUUCUUCCUCUGAUCCUUAGGCUAGGAACAUGCUUACCACUUAGACAGCUGAAAACAGUGGUUCUCAACCAGGGACCAGUGUGGCUCUAAGGGGUUGUCACAGCUGAGAGAAGAGGUGCUACUGGCAUUUAGGGUUACAGAAUGGGAAUGCUGCUUCACAUCCCGCAAGGCACAGGACAGUACCCCCCCAUAAGAAAAAAUUUUCCAGCCCAAGAUAGUAACUGCCAAGUUUCUGACACCUGCCCUUGGACUUAGUCUGUUUCUUGCUUUUGACAGCUCCCAGCCCCUAAAAAUAAGUAGUAGUUCAAAUUUAUAUAUGUAAGAAUCACCUGAGGUACCUUAGAUUUUCAAGAAUCAUCCAUAAAGAUGCCAGCUUAGCAAGUCUAGGAUUGUGUCCUAGAAUUGACAUUUUAACUAGCACUCCAUGUAAUUCUGAAGCAAAUGAUCUGAAAUAUACUUUGAGAAACACUACCCUUAAGAGAUUGAAGUCUUGCCUCCAACACUAGCUCAGUUCCUGAGACCAUCUGCCAGCUGACUGAUUUCCCUGGAACAAGCAUUCAUUCUAUCUGCCUCAAUUUCAGAACAUAGUGUAUUCCUGGAUUCCCUGUCACCAUGCUCACCCUCAAGCUCCCCCAGGUCUUGUCCUUUUCAGAGAGCAAAACUAAUUUCAGGUCCUGAUACCUGGGAAGAUAGAUUAAAAAUAUGCACUGCCGGUCUCUCUUAAGAAAAAAAAUAAAUAAAUAAAGGGGUGGGGGGAGUGCCUGGGUGGUUCAGUGGCCCU